CUACUGGAAGAAUGCGCCUUCACUUCCUCCUCCUCUUACUGAAUCACGCUGUCCGCUUCGCCUCGGGCCACAUCGAGCAGGUAUUUUGGAAAUAUUCGCCGUGUCUCAGGGAAUAGUGGGAAUCCGUGGGAUUUUUAGCAACCGUUUUUUAGCGAUGAGUAAGAAAGGGAAACUCCAUGCAACGACGAAGUUUACAGCUGAUUGCAAUUUCAAGGAGCGAUAUCAGGAGAACAGUUACAACACUUAUGCCUCGGCUACAUAUAAAAGCGAGAACGGUAGCCGGGAGUGGUACGUGGCUUUAAAUAAGUGUGGCAAAGUUAAAAAGGGGAAUAGUCCUCGGGUGAAACCUCAACACAUUUCGACACAUUUCCUUCCAAGGUUCAAACAGUCUGAAAAAGAAAAGACUUUCAAAAUUACUGAGAAGAUUCCAGAGAAGAAAACGCCACCCAAGCCUCCUAAAUCUCCUCCUCCUGUAAAGGCCAGCAGGAAGUAUGUGAAUGUUGUCAAAUACAGGCCAAAAUUCCGUUUUGGAUAGCAGUGGGUGGAUUUCACUCCUCUUAUUUUCUUCGGGCGGGAGCCAGUGACUUUGGU